GCCUGCCGGACGCCGGCAGCGAGUCGCUGUGCUCUCUCUCUCUCUCUCUCUCUCUGUUAGUGUGUGUGUGUGUGUCUCUCUUUUCCCCCCUCUUCAAGACGCCACACACCUGCUCCUCCUGCGGACCAGCGGUGCCUUUUUUUUUUCUCCCCUCCUCCCCCUCUGCUUCUUCCCUCCUCUUCCUCUCACGCUUUUUUUUCUCUCUGCCCCCCCCGUCCCCGUCCCCGUCCUCCCUCUUUUAUCCCUCCUCCUCUUCCUUUUUAACCCUCCUUUCUCACCCCCUCCCCACCUCCCAACAGAGGAAUAAAGGGGUGGAAAGUGAGUAGGAAAGAGUUCUCUCUCUCUCUCUCUCCCUCCCUCUCUCUCUCUCUCUCUCUCUCUCCCGCUCUCUCGCUCUGCUGUGGUGCGAGAGGAGCCCUCACCUCCCGCCUCACCCCGACCAACGGUCCCCGCUCCACGCGCCAACGUCCGCGCAGCUCGCGAGCGGCUUUUUAAACCGUCGACGAAUUAACCGACGCCCAAGAAGAGCAGAGAGCGCGAGCCCGGAGGGCAGACCAGCCCCGACCGGACCAGAGACCAGACCCGAUCCGACCCGACCCGAAGUGCUGCUCGCAAACCGCCAGGAAAACCACCCAUCCUUCUUCCUACACUUUUCCUUUAAUUUUUGUGAAAAAAGUCAGCGGAUUCCUCCCCCCCCACCCACCCACCCAAUCGUUUACAUUCCUCCCCCACCCCACACACCCCACCCCACCACCACCUCUCUCUCUCUCUCUCUUUCUCUCUCUUCCCCCCUCUCCCUCCAUCUUCUAUUCAUCCACCCACCCACCCACCCACACUAAACCAUGGCACGAGGCAAGUCCAAGGAUGGCGAGGGAGGCUGGAAGAAAUUCAUCUGGAAUUCGGAGAAAGGGGAGGUUUUGGGCAGGACCGGGAGCAGCUGGUUCAAGAUCCUCGUGUUCUACUUGGUCUUUUAUGGCUUUCUUGCUGCUAUCUUCAUCGGAACCAUUCAAGUAUUGUUGCUCACCAUCAGUGAAUUUGAACCCAAAUAUCAAGACCGCGUUGCGCCUCCAGGACUCUCAACUUCACCGAUUACAAUUAAGACCGAGCUUAAAUUUCAACCAUCGGUACAGAAAUCUUAUGAAGUAUUUGUGAAACAUUUGGACAACCUCCUCUCAGAGUAUUCUUUAGAGAAACAAGAAGAAAAAUCUUUGUUUGAGACCUGCGGAGAAAUUCCUCUAACGUAUACACAGAGAGGAAAUUUUGAUGAAUCGAAUGGCCAGAAGGGAGCAUGCAAGUUUGACCGUCGUUGGCUUGCUAACUGUUCUGGAAUUGAUGAUACAACUUAUGGCUAUUCAACUGGGAAGCCGUGCAUCAUUGCAAAACUGAACAGGAUUUUUAAGUUUCUCCCUCAGCCUCCAGAUAAUGGUACAGAAAUUCCAGAAGACUUGAGCCUUAAAUACAAUCAAUAUAUUAUUCCCAUUCACUGCCAUGUAAAGAGAGAAGAGGACAAAGAUAAAUUAGGACCUGUGGAAUAUUAUGGCAUGGGAGGAUUUGGUGGUUUUCCUCUGCAUUACUAUCCAUAUUAUGGCAAGCGUCUGCAUUCCAAUUACCUCCAGCCCUUGGUUGCUAUUCAGUUUACCAACGUCACAAUGAAUGAGCCAGUGCGCAUAGAGUGCAAGGCAUAUGGUAAAAAUAUUGGUUACAGUGAGAAAGAUCGCUUCCAGGGACGCUUUGAUGUGAAAAUAGAGAUGAAUAGCUGAUAACUGCGAAUUAGAACUUGCACCUCAUUUCAAAAAUUAUAGUCUUGAACAAACUGUCAUACAUACGGGACCGACACUUAAUCUAUAUGCUUUACACUAGCUUUCUGCAUUUAUCUAAGUAGAAUGUAAAAAGUAGCAAUAGCAGUACAUAUUUAUUCUACUGUAAAUGAUACUACUUGAGCCAUGGGGUGUGCCCAUUACUGUAAAUUAUAAUUCCACUACUGAUGUGUAGCGAGCAGUGUUUCUGUCCCCUGAGUAUUGCUGCCUUGUGCCUCUUGUGGGUUUGAGUGUACAGUACUGUAGUGCAUUCACUUGGUCCUUCAAUCCAUGUUGCAGUUUUUUUAAGUGAGCAAGCUUUGCUUUCCAAGUUGUAAAUACUCAAUAAUGAAAAUUGGCGUAGUACUUAAUCUUUUAUGCCCAUGUGUAUGAACAUACUGCACUCCAGGGAGUUUGAUUAUGUUUUUUUUGGGGGGGUGGGGGGGAGAAAUUCAUCACUUUUUUUUCUUUCAGCAACUUUAGUGUAGGUGAUGGGUUUAUUAUGCUUUCUCUUUAGAUCUGUUUAACCUCCAGUAUGUUGAAGCUGUAUGUGAGAUUUGAGUCUGGCUAUUGCAGCUGUUGUGAGUUAUUAAAACAAUUUGUUCUCUGGAGGCAUCACAUGUGGUGAUGUGUCUUUAUGAAUGUUUUAACCAUUUUCAUGGUGGAAGAAUUUUAUAUUUAUGCAGUUGUACAAUUUUAUUUUUCUGCAAAUGAAGUGUAAUGUAUAAAAGAUACCAAAGUCACUGGUAAAAUUGUAUAAUCUUUAUUUGAUGCAGUAAUGCAGUAUCCCAUGCAGUAGGAUGGUGUUCAUGGUGUAAAAGUGCAAAUGCAAUGUAACAUCUGUAAACUUAUCAAGAGUCCAGGACUCUUGGUAAGUGCAUAUUUAAUCUGGUUUUAAAGCAUCAGAAAAAUAAAACGUAUGAACUUGA